CGAGUGACGUCACGAUUCACAUUCCUAAGUGAUUGCGCGAUCAUUGCUGAAUGCUUCAUCGAGGUGUGGUCCAAGUUUAUCUUCUAUGGCUGCCAUCCGUAAGAAACUUGUAAUUGUUGGUGAUGGUGCAUGUGGUAAAACAUGCCUUCUUAUAGUGUUCAGCAAGGAUCAAUUUCCAGAAGUUUAUGUACCCACAGUUUUUGAGAAUUACGUAGCUGAUAUUGAAGUGGAUGGUAAACAGGUUGAAUUAGCUUUGUGGGAUACUGCUGGACAAGAAGAUUAUGAUCGGCUACGCCCACUUUCAUAUCCAGAUACAGAUGUCAUUCUGAUGUGUUUUAGCAUUGAUAGUCCAGAUAGUUUAGAAAAUAUUCCUGAAAAAUGGACGCCAGAAGUUAGACAUUUCUGCCCGAAUGUUCCUAUCAUACUUGUGGGAAAUAAGAAGGAUUUGAGGAAUGAUUCACAUACAAUUUGUGAAUUAGCCAAAAUGAAGCAAAAGCCAGUGACUCCAGAAGAAGGACGCUCAAUGGCUGAAAAAAUUAAUGCUUAUGGUUAUUUAGAAUGCUCAGCUAAAACUAAAGAAGGUGUGAGAGAAGUCUUUGAAACUGCAACUAGAGCUGCCUUGCAGGUUAAAAGGAAGAAGAAAACAAAAUGUGUUUUAUUUUAAAAGUGGUACUUAAGACUGAGCAGCAGCAGCAGCAGGGGACCUCAGCAUAUGAAGAGAGUUUUAAGUCAUGUUCUAUUAGUCUUCUGUUUGAAGCCUAUUCUCAAAUGUGAUCAAACAUGUUUUCGUUCUUUUUAGCUAUUUUCUUUCCUUCAUCAAUUCCAUUUGUAAAAGUCCCUAUCAAUGUAUCAUUACUUUUUUACGUGCAUGAGAAUCAACUGGCAGAAGUCUUCCACUGCAGCUGUUUUAAUGAUUUUUGGAAUUGUAAAGAUAUGCUAGCUUCUUAGGGGCCAUAAUUUUCCUCACUUUGUUGCUGCUCCUAAGACUACAAACUUAGAGGUCCUGCAAGAUGGUCUCAUGAAAUUAGAUCUGUUAUGCCUGUGGAUCUUUAUAUAAUGAAUAUAAGUUUGUAUUGUAAUGUAUAACAACAGUGAAAGGACAUAUACUACCAAAGGUUCACAUGUAUAUAAUUUCCCCCCUAAAAUACUGAUUCUCAGUUUUGAUUGUUUCAUAAAGUUCUAAGCAUUCUCUUUCCUGUUUUUUUUUUCAGUAAACUGGUACCUGAAAAAUAAUUGUAGUUUUUACAUACUCUUUUAAGGAUGACUAGUUUUCUAGCUGUCAAAUUCUGUGCCUUUUAACAUUAUGCAUUGUUGCUGGAUCUUUGUUUAAGUUGAUUUUCUUAUUCAUAUAACUAAUUGGGAAAACUGGAACAAAAAUUCAAUAUUAUUAUUGUUGUAAUACAUUCCCAAAAGCAGUGUACUUUCCUUGAUGUUCGAUGACAGUUGAAUCAUUAUAUUAAAACUCGCGCCAAUUGUCAAUGAUAUUUUGUUGUGAAAGUGUGCCAUUUUGGUGAGAAAUACUUUUUUCCAAAUUGUGGUUAGUUAAAUAUUGUAUAUUUUGAUAGGUAUAUGUAUUAAACAAUAACUAUAUUAAUUUUGAUGGAGUAAAUCACUAAGCAAUAAAUCUGCUAAUAAUUGUCUCAUAAAAAUUUAGUAUGUGGUGAUGAAAAUUUCUUAUGGUGUUAUGAUUCCAAAAAUUCAUAAAAGCCCUUAAAAACAUGGUUUAUUGUUCGUGCAUAAAAACUGGCUUGAUUUUGUUCAGUUUAUGCUUUUUCGAAAGUUGUAUUGUCAUUUAUUUUUGUAUCUGCAUGCACAAAAUGAUUAAAUGUAACAUGAAAUAAUUUUUACUGUUAUGUAACAGAGAAUUUUUCUGUAGAAUGUUUGCUCUUAUUUUAAAAUCAGAAUUGUGUUCUGGUUUGGAAUGACUCUUGAUUAGUGUUUAUAUACACACACACAUAUGUAUAUAUGUGUAUGUUGGAACCCAACCCAGAAAUUAGACAGUGUCUGAAAAAAAAAUGCUUACAUGUGAAAGGGAUCACUGAAAAAAAAGUGCCAAGGGUCCAAAGUAGUGAAUUUUUUUGGAGUUUGCCCACUUACUUUGAUCAAUUCGCAAAGCCACAAAUCUUUAGUGAUCAAGCCCUGAUUUUACAUUAGGUGUAUGAGUGAAAUACCUUCACUGUGGUUAAAUAAGUCAAAAAAAAGUCAGAAAAUGAUUUUUCUAAAUUUCAAAUGCUUGAUUAAAUAAAAUGAAUGAAAUGAGUAUAAGUAAAACAUAAUAAAGUAAUAUAAAGGACAGAACAAGUUAUGAAAAAUGCUGUUACUUAUUCUUACAGGCAAAUGUGAAACCACUUUGAGUUAUAUUUGCAUGCCAGAAGUUAGGCACUUAAGUACAUCUUUUGCUUUUGCGUUGUUUUUUGCAAUUGCAGCAAAGGAAAACCCUGUGUGAUUUCUCAUUUCAGAGCAACCGUGGUUCGGAGUGAGUGUACAAAAUUCCGAACAGCUUUUUCAGAUACAAAAAUGUCUUCAAUAGGUUGAAGUUAGUUUCUGAAGAACAACUUCUGUAAUAUUCCGUAUUUCGUGGCAAAUUUAACGAAAGGCCAUCAUCAUUCGCUUCCAUUAUCACAUAUUGAUGUAGGGAUGUUUCUUCCAUCCUCCAAAUGUGAAAUCAGACUUGGAUCACUAUUAAGUUGCCGCAUCAUGAUUUGAUCAAAUUCAAGUGUGUAAACUCCAAAAAAAAAAAUUCACCAUUUAGAGCUUUGCGCUUUUGUCAGUGAUCCAUUCCCAAUGUGAGCAUUUUAUUCAGAUAUAGUCUAAAUUCAGAAUAGGUUUCCUGCAUGUAUAUAUGUAUAAAUUGUAUAGUUCUGAGGAAAAAGAUCUCUUUAUUUAUCCAGCCAACCUAUGUACUACAAAACAAGACUCAAUUCACUCAGCAUUGUUUCAAGUCCUCAAAAAAUAUUUUUUAUAUUUUCUUUUGAACUAUUUUUGUAGAAAAUAUAAUGUAAGCUUCAGUAGUUUUAUUUUACUCCUCGAGCUUUUAAAGAAUAAGUAAACUGAAACUGUUCAAAGUUUUAACCUUGUUUGCAUUUGGAGUAUUUGGGCAAAUAAAACGAUAUCUAUGCAAAAUGUUGACCUUGUUUGCAUUUGCAAAACCUUGUUUGCAUUUGGAAUAUUUGGGCAAAUAAAGCGAUAUCUAUGCAAAAUGUUUUAUAACUCUAACAAUACUUUCAAGACCAUAGUGUAUUAAGCUUGAAAAAUGGUUUCAAAAUUUUCACUAUUGUGAUGGUACUGCUGUUGCAGCAAGGGGGAAAAAUGAGUAUUUUUGCUACUAUGCAAAGUAUAUAAGUAGCUUAUCAAAAGUUCAAUUUCUCCUGUACGAUAGCUCAAUUGGCAUUGUUAUUAUUAUCGUCUUUUGCAGUAGAAUGUUACAAACAUUUGUGCAUUUACUACUGUGUAGUUACAGAACUAUAAGCUAACAGUGCAUUGAAUCCCAAAGUGCCUGCUUUUGUAAAAAGUUUAAUGAAACAUUAAAUUGUUUUCAACAAAUAUUGAACAGAAAGUACUUACUGUAUUUAUGAUUUCAGGGAUACUUUAAUACUGUAGUUUAGUUAAUGUUGGUUUAUUUUUACUUACUGAUAAAAAGUUAAUAAGAUUUACAGGUAAGAUUUUUUAUUAAAUUCUAUGGGCUCUGCUUGAUAACAUUUCCUCAUUAGAAGAUGAUUAAAAGUCAAGUUUCAUUCAAUGUUGUUUGGCUUCUUGAGUUUUGUCACAGGAUUUGAAGUAUUUUUAUUUCGAGGUCACGAUUUCCCAAAAGUGAGAACUUUGCUAUGCAUUAAAUCCCUAAUGACCAAACAUUUUCUGUGGGAUUGAAGUCUUCCCCAUUAAUAUUUCACAAGGUUGAUUAAUAAUUGUAGAAUUACCUAUUUCUGCUAAAUUAUGGCUGAAGAAACCAUAUAUUUUUCUCAUUAUCUAUGAGCAUGUGAAUUUUUAAAUACCUUAUGAGAAGAAAAAGUAUUUAACGAAUAUUAUAUAAUUUUGAAUAUAUAUACAAUAUAUAUAUAUACUUAAAAUUCAAUUUUUUCUGGAUAUUUCUUCCUUGUUUUUGAAAGCUACUUUAGAAGUGAUAAAUUUAAUAAAGCAGAAGAUGUUCUAGGAAUUUAGUUCAAAAUAUGUUUCAUUAAUUAUAAAUUUAUAAAAUAUCAAUUUUUUAUUCCUUAAAUAAAUUAAAAAGAAAAUAAUUGCUGUCUUAUAUAAAAAGUACAGUAUUAGUUGAAGCACAAAUAAUUAUUAUAGAGCUGUUACAGCUUCUCAUUUAAUUUGAUUACUUUAAAACAAACAAUACCACUUUUUAAAACUGCUGAAGAUUUAUGUUAGAGGUUUUCUUCGAAUAACUUAUUGAGAAAUACUUCUCCUUACCAUUUACAUGCACUUCGUUUGUAAAAAUGCUACACAUGUUCUUAGUAAAGCUGAUAUGAGUGUCCUCUAUGGGAGUUCAAUAAGAACAUAAAUGUUUACCAAUAUUAAAAGUUUUCUGGUUAGGUACAUAGUUUUGACCAACUGUAAUGCAAUACUAAAAUUGUACCAAAUCAGAACACAUUACUUUUUACAGCCCGUAUAAUUUUCUGAUUUUUAGUAUUUUGUUAAAAAAGUUGAAAGGGUUUAUUCUAUUUGAAAACUGCUCAAAUGAUAAGAGAUUUCUGUUUAAUAAUGUGCUGUAAAUGGCUCAUCCCUUCAGUCUAACUUGUCUUAAUUUAGAGUUGAAGGACUGAUUUUUUUUGUUUCCACUUGUAACCUAUGAAUAUGAAGUACUGUCAUUUGUUGAUACUGGAGCUCUCUUUUUGGCUUUUUAUUUUAUAGUAAAUUUGCCAUGAUCUAUUCUUUUAAACUGUGCAGUUUAAUUGAAGCAUUCAUAUUGAAUGCUAAACCACAUGGCAUUUAGAAUUUGCACAAAGUGUAGGUUUUCUUUAAUUUUCUGAUAUGCUUCUCUUUUAAAGGGUGUUCCUUAAAUGUUGCAUGCCCUAAAUGUUUUUGUCACAUUUAUUCUUUGAUCAUAUUCUAAGCUUUGUGAAGCUGCACAGUUAAAUUAAAACACUCAUAUUGAGUGUGUUAAACCAUUUAACAUUUUGAAUUUGCUUCAAGUUUAGUUUUUAUCUUAAAAUUUUAAGAUAAGUGAGGCCAAAGAGUACCUUGAAUAUUUACUUUGUCUCCAUUUACAUUUUAAUUUUAAUGUUACAUGCAUGAUACACUAAUUUGUUGCAGAGAUGUAAACAAUACUUCAGUUUUAGUUGUUGCAUUUUUAGAAAUGCACAUUUUCCAAACUGUUGAAAUGUAUUAUCUCUUUUCCUGUGCGUGUAUGUAUAUUUAUAUGCAUAUUCACAUUGUAAUAUCUAUAAUCUGCAUGCAUAGGUAUUAAGUUUUUUUAAUGCAUAUUUGUCAUUUAUCAAGUUGUUGAAGGUACUAUUUAAAGGGCCCAUCAACAUUUACUGCUUUUUAAUCCUUUGACACUUUUUUAUUAAUAUUUUAGUAAUUUGAACAUAUACAUUGAGAAACAAUGAGUUAAGUGAAAAAUAUAUCUUUGCUAGUAAGAAGGCAAAACACUACUAUGCAUUUUACAAGCCAAUUUCAGUGGAAAAACAAUUUUUUGCAUUGCAAAAUACUUUCAGAAGCUGGAAGAUAGUUUACAAACUUAUAUAUUUACAUUUACGUAACAUAAGAUAGUGAAUCAGGCUUCUAUUAUGUGUUAGGUACAUAAGUAAUAACAGGAAAAAUCCAGCAUUUUGUAGCACAAAUAUGCAAAUUACAAAAAUUACAGAAAUAUUUUACCGGAUGUCUUUACAUCUAUAAACUCAACUUUGAAAUGAAAAAGUUGUUCCUGGAAACCAUAAAAUAGGUAAAUUCUGUAAUCUGAAUUUGUGCUACAAAAUGUAACAGUUGACUUGAUGUUUCUAAUGCUUAUGAGCUAAGACUGAGAAAUGAACUUUCUGAUCCUGGAAGCAACAUAUGUUACAAUAUUUAUGUGAAAAAAAAAGUGCAACAUCCAGUAUUUGGUUUUGCACGUUAUUUCAAUCUUGUGCCCUUUUCAAUGUUCAUAUAUUUUUGUUUCUAACCAUCACAUUUGCAUUUAUUAAAAAAAAAACCAUGAUCUCCCCCUCAUUCAUUGAAGUAGAGGUAUGUAUUUCUGUUCAGUUGAAUUAUAUUUUUUAUGUUAGGCAUUUUGUGGUCAGCUUAGUCAUACUUUUUACUGUGUAAAAAAAAUAAA